UGUCGUGAGUUGCGGGUAUACAUCUUUCUCUCCCAUUCACUCGUUAUCUUUCCCUCUCGUUCCCUUUCCAUUCGAUUACCUGGUCCUUCCCUCCCUCCCCGCGCGUUCGUGUUUUGGACAGCAGGUAGGGUCGCGUGUUGAUUUCGCCCGCUGACAGUUUUACAGGUACUCGCGUCCGAGGUGGACCGACGACGUCGUCGUGUCGUGUCGUGUCGUCGUCGUCAUCGUUGCGUCGCGGCGCGUCGCAGUUUCUUGCGCAACAAGAAAAACGUGGUCUCUCCUCGCCAGCAACUAGCGCGCGCGACCGGCAAAAAUUGGACGCGACGUCAAACGUCAGAAGGAAAAGGCGGGAGGUGGUUCUUCGCCGAUUGUGUGAAAACGUUCGCGUUUGUGUCCGCGCACGUAGCAACAAUUCGCCUAAUGAAUAAAGAUCAUCGCGUUCCAAGUAAAUUAUCGCUCCAUAACAUACGGCGAUUGCAUUCGGGAUACUGUGUCAAGGUCACCGGCAGCAAGUUCGCGCCUCGUGUCACAGCGCUCUCUUGCAUAGCGCAUUUCUCUGCGCAAUAGCCUUGGCAGAGGGAGAGAGACAAAAAUAUUGCGUCUAAGUGUCGCUGUCAUAUCAAGAAACUCGUAACUCCGUAAUCACGACUGGCCUCUUGUCGGGGUUUGUUUACUUUAAGAAUUCUUAUACCGAUUUGCGACACAGUGUCAAGGCCGCUGUCAACUUUCGGCGAACAGUUUACGAAAGCUGCGGAUGUAAUCUAUCAUGACGGCAAUUAAGAAUUAUCAUCGAAAUAACUCCAAAAUCGGUGAAGAUCGAUCGAGAUCGCAUCGAAAAUGCACCGAAGCACCUAAUCUAAACUUACUUCGCGAGUUUUGGUGAAUUAGUGCUUGUAAAUGAAAUUGACAGGAAAUAGGAUUUUUAAAAGACACUGUGCGUCGAUAGGAUACACAUAUAGGCAUCUCUCUACGGGAUAAUAUACUAUUCCCGAAGGAAUGACGAGAAGAUUCGGCGCCGGUACGCUUCGCUGACCGGUCGAUGAAGCUCGACGAAAUUCGCGAAACGUUUAGCAGCUAGAUAGAGACGACUUUAUUAUCAUCAUCGCGCAUGAAAGUUCAUCAAAUGACCGCGCUUAAUCGCCGGCAAUCGGCUAAUUUUAAUUCGCCCGGCAAAUAAGCUGUCGCGAUAACAAGUUGUGAUCAUCGACUAUAUAAUGCAUUGACGCGAUGACGAUGAUGUGUCUGGAGACGAGGCUACCGAUCUUUAAUGAUCCGGCAAACAACAUUGAAACACCUGCUGCAAAUUGCGAUCAACGUUUAUCAGUACUGACGAGUGCCAAAUAAAAAUACACAAAGACAACGCGCACGGGUAGUGUGCUUAAAUAACAGUUAUCGUAUACUGUAACGUUUUUAAACUGUAUUGUGAUAAUAUCGAGAGGCCUCAAAAGAGCAGAUUAAAAAGUCCGAUUCUUUUCGAUACAAUGACCAACGACGGCGAGCGAAUAUACUUUUAUCCAAGUAGACGGAUGAAAGAACUCUCCGAGAAGAGAGAACGUAUAUUUGUAUAUCUCAAUAGCAAAGUGCGUCCUUUGUGAAGUACCAGCAUGUGCAACAGCAGCAACAACAGUACUUGAGGAAUUUGCCCUCGCAACAUUCACAACAGACUCUCCAUCCGGGGAUCAUAGACACGGAUGACCGCGCGCAUCAAUCGCAUCACCAGCAUCAUCAUCAGCAUCAUCAGCAUCAUCGCGCCACCAUUAUGAAUCUGCCGGUACAAGCAACCCACGUGCGUCGCGGAACAUGGCAGAAAAGCAACGCCGCGACAAUCUCAACACAAAUAUCACGAAUAUGGCAGCCCUCGUCCCGAUUGUCGCUGGAAGUUCAAGAAAAAUGGAUAAAAUAUCCAUUUUGAGGCUAGCUGCCGCCUUCCUGAGAACACAGUACAUACUCGGACGUGGCUCGACGAAUUUUCUUCCUCGGCAAUUCAACGAGUUCGACUUGGAGCAAUAUUUUGUUGACCACAUAGUCGACAGCGGCGGGUUCUUCCUCGUAAUCACCACAAAAGGGAAAAUCGUCUACGUCAGUCGACAAGUAGAGCAACAUCUCGGCCAUGCUCAGAACGAAUUGCUGGGUCAAUCUCUGUACAAUUUCGUCUAUUGCGACGAUCAUGUCGAACUUACGCGAAACCUUACGCCUGACGGGAUGCAACCGAUGCAAAUGACGCCGUCGCCUACCGGAGUCGCGCAAGUGCACGACCUGGUGCACGACAACAAUUCCAGCUCCUCCGAGGAUUCAACGACGAAUCACAAUAGGACGAACGACAAGAAGCUGUUCCAAGAGCAGAGGCGAAACUUUAAGAUCCGGUUGGCGCAACGCGCCAACUCGAGGCGCGAAAACACGCAGUACGCGUGUUUUGACAUCUCCGGAGUCCUCCGACUCGCGGAAGCUUGCAAGAAUACGGAUGCCAACGGAAAUCGAGGGAGACAUCGAGAUGUAGUGACUACUAACAACGACAUCGUUUUCGCUGGAGUAGCGACCUAUCCGAGGAGACGGCCCAUCAACGAAUUGUCAAUAAUGGACGCCAAUAAAGACGAAUAUGUGACGCGGCAUCUCAUCGACGGACGUAUCAUCUUUUGCGAUCAUAGGGUGUCCGUCGUUGCCGGUUACAUGUCGGAGGAGGUGUCUGGUUUGAAUGCGUUUGCCUUUAUGCACAAGGAUGAUUUCAGAUGGACAAUGAUCGGCCUACGACAAAUGUACGAUCAUGCCGAAACGUGCAGCUCGUCGUGCUACAGGUUACUCACGAAAACGGGUGAAUUCAUCUAUCUGCGGACACACGGUUAUUUAGAAUACGACAAGGACACAAAACAAGUGAUAUCCUUCGUUUGCGUCAACACCUUGGUAUCGGAAGACGAAGGUGUCCAAUUGAUAAAGGAGAUGAAGGAAAGAUUCUCCGCGACUGUAUCCACAGUUAGUAAAAAUCUUAUAAAGAAUAUUGACGUUAAUUCAUCGAUAAAAUUGGAUUCGAGCUCCCAAGUAUCGAAUACACGAUGCCUUGAAGAUCCGCUACAGCUCGAGGACGCCAUCAACCAGCUGAUUAACGAUAUGCCUUCACCGGCCGUGUCGGAAGAGCGUUUCUCACCCUCGCCGAUGCAACACACGCAAUAUGUAAAGGCCGCCAUAUUCUCUUCUCGUAUGCCACCAGCCAUUACGCAAGCGAAUAAAGUUGGCAUCAAUAAGAUCGACCAUUACAUUGUUAUCAAAGACAAGGGCAAUCAAACUCCGAAGCAGGAACCCAAGGAGGAAUAUACGAUUGGAAAAUAUUCCAGUAGUGCGGAGCAAAGCCCGAUAUCAGAUUCGGACAGCGUCAACUCGUCCAGCAAGCCUCUGAUGCUCGACUUGAUGAAUGGCGCGCAUAGUAAUCAUAAUAACGUCCAGAGUACCGAUAUAUCUGUACAAUCAAACAUUCUUGCGAGCAAUCGCAAUCCUAAUACGAAUCGUCGAAGUGUGUCUCAAAAUACGAACGGUUUGAACGCGCAGAAGAGGAUAGAACAGCGCAAUAUAAUGUCACCAGACGCUCUGCAAGAAAGCAAGAUCAAACUGGAACGCGGGAUCGAGAUGUUCGAACAAAAGCAAGAACCGGCGCGGCAAUACUUCGACGAUAGCGCGAGCGACAGCACUGUCGUUUCACAGGGAAUCGAAACACACAAUCGGUGUACAUUGAAGAGAAUCUGUAGCGACGAGGAUCUUUCGACGAUGCACAGCAAGAAGAGGUCUAACGACGCGUUGUACGUACCGACGAAUCCUAACGAUGAGCAACAGCGCGAUUCUUAUGUCAACUGCGAGAUUUUCGCCACCGAGAACAAGUAUUCGGUAGUCAAUAGGUACAACGACGCCAAUUUGCAACCGCUAAUCACUGCGGAGUCGCCCAAUUCGAGCCACGAACACGAGAUUGGAAAGGAAUAUCAACAAGAUCCUAUCGCAUCGUUGAAUUCCGACGAGAUACAGUUCAAUUUGCAAGAUCUGAACGGCGAAACUUUCCUAAGUUCGGAUCGGAACGCAAAUUCAGAGCAGCUCGUGCUGAGGAUAAUUAAAGAUUUUCAAAACGAAUCUGUAAGAGGGUUUGAAAAUCAUUUUAAUGAAAUAAAGCUGCAGCAACUUACACCUAGCCCUCAAAUUGAUAACGCGUUAAGACACACGUUUCAUCAAUUAAAGAACAACAUAACAUCGCAAGGAUACGAUAUUAGUAUGUUGGCAAAUGACUGUAUGUUUUCAAAUGAUGUAUAUUCACAAAAUCCGACUCUUCAGAGGAAAGCUGCUCAGAUGAAAGCUGCCCUUAAAGAGGUAGAGGCUAUUCACAAAACGAACAAACAACUGCUUGACGCUUUGGACCAAGAACAUAAAGUACAUGUGAAUGCCCAAGCAGCAGGGGUAAUCUUGGAAUAUAAAAAAUAUGCCGAAGGAUAAUUUUCCAAGUCAUUUCACGAGUUUUGCUGAAAACCAAUUUCAAAGAAGUUCAAAACGAGCUUAAUAGAAUACUCCUUGGAACUGUAUUAAUUAAUAAGAAACAAGCUUUAAAAAUCAUCCUUUUCGUGAAAGAUUAAAACAAAAGUAUCGACGUACGUGCAAUUUGCAUAAUAUUCCUUGUAUUUUGAUAUUGUGUUUCUGAAGUCUUUAUUUUUGUGAAUCACCGAUAUCACACAAAUUUACUGCAAAAAUGUUUAGAUAACCGAGUCAUCGAUGCAAACAAUGAACAGAAAUGUGCAUCAAUGCAUAUAUUGUAUGUGAAACUACUGAGCUCACGAAAAGGCAACGUAUGUGCUUAGAUAUAUCGAUGAUUUAUCUAUCACUAAAGCAAUCUGCUUCAACCUACGUUCUUCAAUGAAAAAUGGAAAAGAAACAAGUGAGAGGAAAAAGAACUCGUACAGAGAAUAGUCGAAGUGAUUGACGUCUAUAAAUGGUUCUUUUUUUCAUUUCUUGAACUCUGUGCGACUAAGGACUUAGAAUUGCUGUAUAAAAAGUCGUGCACUUCGCUCACUAAUCGAUCAUGCAAAAGAUCGUGCAAAACCGUCGAUGAACGGUUCAUUAUAUAAAUAACAGUCGCUUUUCAAGCAGAUUUCCUGCAGCGACCGAGUGUUACACGCAGUUGGUAGUUUUCAAAUUUUAUGGUAGUAAACUUGUAUAUAUAGUAUAUACAUUCGAUUUUAACGCCAUGCGGUGCUCUCGCGCUAAUUUACUCGCUCGCGGUAAGUCCGAUCGAGUUUGAACUACCUCUGGUUAUAUAUAUGUUAUUACGCAUGUAUAUUGGAUGGAUACGAAACUAGUGUUAACUUUAUUGGUUGUAAUUGUGGAUCCCCUCACAUAAUGGUGUUAAUAAUUAAUAAUGCUUAAAGUAUACUUGUUUAUCUUUUUGUAAUUGUGAAUGAAUAUCACACAAAAAACGAACAAUUCGAGAAAAGAGAAAUUAUUUGUUAACUUUAUCAAAUGAUAUUUUGUUAAUUAUUUUUUAAAUGAUAUAUUGAUCACAUAUCUUAUGGAAAUUUUAUUACAUACUAUUUAUGUAGAAGAGGACGAAAUUUAGAGUUUGUUUACGGGGUUGCCACAUUAUAUAGGCCAGAUUUAAAUUAAUCUUACUUAGAGCAAUGGUUUUACAACUGUAUGUACCUGAACUACACAUUUACAUUCUAUAACAUUUGAGAACUAAUCAUGUGUUGUUAGAAUUAGAAGAAAUGAUGAUAAAAAUAUAAAUUCAAUCAUUGAAAACAGA